AUGGCCACUGUCCUGACAUUUUUUCUUUUUGUAGUGGCCGUAGUACAAUGCUCUUACAACAUCGAACGCGAGGCCAUCAUCAGCGAUUUGAGCUGGAUUGAGGAGGUGCUCUACGAUCAACCGCUAAAAAUCAACGAAUACUCGAUGAUCUCGUUGGCAAUGGCCGAUGCCCGAUUUGGGUUGAGGAAGAGGAAAUAUCAGAUUGCGUUCGAUGCGGUGAAGAAGUUGAUGCAGAAGGUGGAAAAUGGCCGCCUCUCCGAGCGAGUCAGCAGCAAAUUACUGAAAAAGUUGGGCGAAAUCAUGGAACAAAUCCAAUACGUUUUACCCGGAUCUCACACCGACGCGGAUGAUGAUGAGUGGAUGAGGAACCCAAUCAGAAAUCAGAAUAGUCGCGACAAACAGAUGGUCGAGAAUCUGGCGCCGGAAGAUGGGGUGCUCAACGAGAGUCCAGAGGGCAAGAAGGAGGCCAUACUGAAAGAAUUGGGACAAGAAAAAGAUAUCAUAGCCUUUGGAAAGAAGGGAGGAGAAGCUGGAAACGGAAACGGCAAUAACAAUGGAAUGAUCGAGCGACUGAAUGCGUUCGAGGAUAAGCAGAAUGGGAAGGGGACUGCGGCUCCAGAACUCAUUCCGGCAGCUGCUUCUGAGAGAACGAUUGGACAACAGCCAGAACCUUCAACAAGCGAGGCGACGCCAACCUCGUCAGGGUCCCAUCGUCGACGUCACCGAAAGCAAAGACUCGGGGCAUUAAAAGGAAAUACAACUGAACCACCGAAGAAUAUUUCGGUUGCGAUUCCUGUAUCCGAUCCAUUCAAGCAGGCGAAUUUCGGAAGUGAAAGAAGUCAACACGCCGCGAAGCAUGAUAAUUUUCAUUGUGACAAUUUGGGCCAACAACUGCCGCGUCACACGAAAAUGGCGAUUCUCGAGACUACAAAUCGAUUCCGCUCCAAGAUUGCAAAGGGCGAAUAUCAGGGAUUUCGGGACAAAGCCUUCCCACCAGCGACGAAUAUGCGGAAAGUGCUCUGGAAUUGCGAGCUCGAGGAAAAAGCCGAUAAAUGGGCCCGCCAAUGCCAAAUGAUCCAUUCUGGAGCGGAUGUCAGAAGAGGCCAGGGGGAAUGCCUUCACUUCCCGACGCCCGUCCCGACUAGUCUCGAGGCUUUUAAUGCAACGAAAAUGGUUGAUAUCUUCAACGGCGAGUUCAAGAAGCGACUUAUCGAUUUUCCGGUGAAAAUGGAUCAUUUUAAUUGGAAGUUUGUUGGGCAUGCUACGCAGCAAGCCUGGGCCGACAACGACGCCAUCGGAUGUGCUUCGGCAUUUUGUGGAGACAAAUUCUGGGUCGUUUGCCGUUACAGAACCGGUAAUAACCUGGGCGCUACCAUCUACGAUGAAGGUGCGCCAUGCACGGAAUGUCCUCAAGGAACCACCUGUAACGUCGUCACCAGCCUUUGUGACCCGAGCAAU